GUGGGAUCAGUUAUAGGUCGGCAGGUUCGUGUUCACUGUAACAAGUGUGACGUUUUCGCUGGGGGCACGUGUAAUGAAGCCUGGUGAACUUGAUUACACGGCUGAGCUAGGCUCAGUUCUGAUCAAAACGUCGCUGCAGCCGGUAGAAAUUCAACGAAACAGGAAAUGGCUGCUAUCUGUUGGUGGAUAUUCUUUUUUUGUUGUAUUAUUUCGGCUAACAGUGGUCCGGCUUGGGAUGAAGACCUGGACACUGUGCGAAAGGAGAACGACAUACAAUCGAUAGACGUCGAAGAUGGCGAGAUGACUGUUCCGCAACUGAUUCACAAGUACGGUUACAGAAUGGAAAAUCAUGUGGUGAUCACAGAAGACGGCUACAUAUUGACAAUGUUUCGCAUCUUUCAAAAACAUUCCAGUGAAAAGCCAAAGUUGCCUGUGCUAAUAGUGCAUGGGUUAUUUGGCAGUUCUGCGGAUUUCGUGAUCAGUGGUCCAAAUAACAGUUUGGCUUACUUGCUAGCAGAUGAUGGCUACGAAGUUUGGCUAGCGAAUGUUCGUGGAACGCGUUACUCCAGAAAUCAUACGUCGAUAAUGGUCGAGACCAAGGAGUAUUGGGAUUUUUCAUGGCAUGAGAUUGGCUACUACGACUUACCGACGAUGAUUGAUUACAUCUUGGAUAAAUCAAAAGUGUCAAAACUUUACUACAUCGGCCAUUCGCAGGGCACAACGACUUACUUUGCUAUGAGUUGUAGUCGCCCGAACUACAAUGACAAGAUCGCACUGAUGAUUGCCCUGUCUCCUGCGGUUGUUCUCAAGCGCGUUCGUAGUCCAAUCUUACGAGUAAUGUUAAACUUAGCUGACAAAAUUGAAGAGCUUUUGAAUGCACUAAACAUUGUGGAAUUAUUACCCUAUAAUGAAAACACAUACCGCAUUGCAAAGCACCUGUGUCCAGUGGAGGAACCAAAUAACCUGUGCAAUCACCUGAUUGGUCAAAUAACUGGACCACAUCCGGAGAUGUACGACCAGAAAUUGGGUCUUGCCUAUAUGGGCCAUUCGCCAUCAGGCGCCUCUACGAAACAGUUAAGCCAUUUCACUCAGGUCGCACGCAGUGGGCUGUUCCGUCAGUACGACUACGGCAAACGAGGCAACCUGCAAACUUACAGCGACUGGAAGCCUCCUACCUAUAAUCUCAACGCAUCGAUCGCACCGGUUGUAAUAUUCUACGGAUUAAACGAUUGGAUGGUGCAUCCUAAAGAUGUUCAGCAGUUUGCCACGAUGUUGCCCCGGCUAGUGUCGGCAAAUGUCGUUGCGGAUAAAAAAUUCAAUCAUCUAGAUUUCAUCCUGGCAAAAAAUGCCCGUUCCCAAGUUUACGAUAAGUUAAUACCGCUACUGAAUCAAAACAAUAAUGUUUAAGUAGGUAUAUCUGAUCUAUUCGUGAAAAUGCACGAAACGUCGCAAAGCGUUUGACUUGUAUUUGUGUAAUUUAAGAUAGCAGUGCAAUAGUUUAGGCUUAACGAUCAAACCAAUUUGAAUAUGCUCUGUUGUUUACAUACAAGUAUCGCGCCGGUGUGCUUGUUGGGAUGAUCGUGGGAAACCAUAAUUUCUCAAUAGAACGCAAUUUCCGCGAUUGGGUGAUUUAAUCCUAAAGUGCUGUCUAAUAGUAAACGGUGUAAUUGGUAAUGGGGAAGACCGAUGAAUCCAUCCAUCAGUGGUACUUAACUUACAGCCGUAAAGAAAAUAUCCGGGUUCGAGAAAAGUAGAAACCGGAUGAUUAUUCAAAUUUGGACUCCUGUGAACCCCGUUACCUCUGGGGGGUCAGCUUUGAUCUCUUCCAGGCCUCAUCAUAGUCACUUAUAGAAAUUAGACUUUGCGCAUAUGGCAGGGAAAGAUAUCGUAUUGAAUAUACUGUAAUUAGACUAAUAUGAGUGAUGUGCAAAUAGUGUAUAAUUUAUGGAAAUGAUAGAUUGAAGACAUGGGAUAGCUUGUUGGCCGUUGGACGAUUCUAAUCUUACAACCAACGUUUAUCGGCAUAGAACAUAUGUUCAUUCAUGUUUGUUUUAAUCAGCCGUGUAGCGACUAACAUUUUGUUUUAUUCAGGAGAAAAAAAUAGUGAAUGCAAUUCAAGCUGGAAUGCGUCUUAGGUAUUCUUACGCGAUCUAUGCCAUUGUGAUUUGGAUUCUAUAUUACAGAAUACAUAGCGAUAUUAAAAUACUUCUGGAAAAUAAUCGUCCAUUUUGGUAUCCUGCUCAUCAAAAAGGAAUUAAAAAUAUUUUCACACUCAAAUGAAAUUACUAAGUCCUCUUUAUUAUUGUGAAAACAAGACAAUAUUUAAUACUCGCUCUAUGUCUGAUAUAGAAAAACUAGAAAAACAUAACUAAGUCUAAUAGUUGUUGAAUUCUAAGUCUGGUGCAUUCAAACAAUACAAACCUCUCAUAAGCCAGUGCUUUUACCAGCUAAUAACAUUCUGGGAAAAAAGUUUUACCAUAUAAUUUCGUUUUCAUUCAAAAUCAAAAAAGGGAUUAAAAUGAUUUUGAAC